CGGGGCGGAAGUCUCUUCUCGGCGUUGCCGGGGCAGCGACAGAGGCCGGUGAGUGAGGAAGAAGGCAGCGGCCGCGGCGGUGGCGGCGGGGGUCCCGCCGGCGGCCUUGGUUUCCAUGGUGACCCGGUUAGGAACUGCCACCUGUGUUGGCCCAUGGCCAGGGGCAGCAUCCAGGUGACAGAGCAGAUUGGACGAGGCCUGACACCUGGGCAUAGUCAGGUCGUGGCUGCCCCCCUGCCGCUCCCUCCAUGGCCAGUGACCCAGUGCCAGCCCUGCUCUGGGCCCAGGAGGUGGGCCAAAUGGUGGUGGGCCGAACCCGGAGGCUCUUGCUACAGUUCGGAGUGUUGUCCUGCACCAUCCUCCUCCUCCUCUGGGUGUCUGUCUUCCUUUAUGGCUCCUUCUACUAUUCCUACAUGCCCACAGUCAGCCACCUCAGCCCAGUACAUGUCUCUUACAGGACUGACUGUGAUUCUGCCGGACCCGUCCUCUGCUCCUUUCCUGUUGCCAACGUCUCCCUGGUUAAAGGUGGACGUGAUCGGGUGCUGAUGUAUGGGCAGCCGUACCGUAUUUCCCUGGAGUUGGAGAUGCCCGAGUCCCCGGUGAACCAGGAGUUGGGCAUGUUCAUGGUCAGCAUUUCUUGCUACACCCGAGGGGGACGAGUCAUCUCCUCUUCUGCACGUUCCGCCAUGCUGCAUUACCGGUCGACCCUGCUUCGGCUGCUGGACACACUCGUCUUCUCUGGCCUCCUCUUGUCUGGCUUUGCAGAACAAAAGCAGCUCCUGGAGGUGGAAUUGUAUUCAGACUACCGGGAGGACUCGUACUCGCCAACCACGGGGGCAGUGAUUGAGAUCCACAGCAACCGCAUUCAGUUCUAUGGGGCCCAGCUCCGGAUCCACGCCCACUUUACUGGGCUCAGGUACCUGCUCUACAAUUUCCCCGUCACCUCAGCUGUGAUUGGCAUCGCCAGCAACUUUACCUUCCUCAGUGUCAUUGUUCUCUUCAGCUACUUGCAAUGGGUGUGGGGCGGCAUCUGGCCCAGGCACCGCCUCACCUUGCAGGUGACUAACCGAGAUAAGGACGGCUCCCAAUCAGAAGGCCAGAGAAGGGGCCCCACUAGGCGGCCAGGACUGGGACCAAGAGGCCGAGCCGAGCUGACCAGGCUUCCAGAGAAAUCCCAGGAUGAUGGGGACCACAUGGCUGUCCCUGCGCCAGGGAGUCAGCUGCCUGAGGAGAAAGGGCCGGAAGUUCAGCCUCUUAAUGAAGAGGGGCCAGAUCAGGAGACCAGUGAUGGUUCCGGCUCCUGGGAGGAUGCAGCCCUGCUGACUGAAGCCAACCUGCCCUCCACCUGCCCCGAGACCCUGGGCAGCGCAGACCCUCCAGGCAGCGUCGAGAGCCCUUCAGGCACCCCCCGCCUCCGCUCAGCCUGUUCCAGUUCUUAAGAGGGGGGCUGUGGGCCUCACACAUCCAGCACUUUCCUUUGCCCUCCAUCCUUUCCUCUUUUCCCCACAAUAAACUUUUUUCACACCA